AUGGCCCAGAUGAUGGCCCAGAUGCGAGACCAGAACCAGCAGAUGAUAGCCCAGUUGAAGGACCAGAUGGACAGCCUUCGAGCCGAGCAGGCCAACGAGAGGGAAGCCACCCGACUGCAGAUCAGAGUCUUACAGGACCACAUCACAACCUCGCAGGGGGGCUCUCUAGGCACCACACCUCCGACCUCGACGCCAGUCCCAGAGGCUACCUCAACGUCACCACCAACCCCAACACCACCUACUCCGCCUGUUCAAACCAAGAAGAAGAUGACUUUGCCGGAACCCCCCCCGUUUCGACGGAAACCGGAAGAAUUAUAG